CUCAGGAGCAAGCACUGACCAGCCGGAGGGAGUGACACGUCUGUCUGUAUUCCAUCUACUCCCUCCUUGCAAGCCCAUCCUCACCUUGCUCUCAUGUGCUCACGAGCAGUUAGGAAGAAGUGAUCCCCUGUGGCUCUGCCAAAGACAAGCCUCUUGGGUUUAUAGGAAAAGAAAAAAAAUAAUAACUCAGGUAGUCACAGCAUUGAAAUUGUUACCUUGGAGAAGCGGAGUGGGAAAGUGUGAGACAAUGAAUGGACCUGUGGAUGGCUUGUGUGACCAUUCUCUAAGUGAAGAAGGAGCCUUCAUGUUCACAUCAGAAUCUGUAGGAGAGGGACAUCCUGAUAAGAUCUGUGACCAGAUCAGUGAUGCAGUGCUGGAUGCCCACCUCAAGCAAGACCCCAAUGCCAAGGUGGCCUGCGAGACAGUGUGCAAGACAGGCAUGGUGCUACUGUGUGGAGAGAUCACCUCGGUGGCCAUGGUGGACUACCAGCGGGUAGUGAGAGACACCAUCAAGCACAUUGGCUAUGAUGAUUCUGCCAAGGGCUUUGACUUCAAGACCUGCAAUGUGUUAGUAGCUUUGGAGCAGCAGUCCUUGGAUAUUGCCCAAUGUGUCCAUCUAGACAGAAAUGAGGAGGAUGUUGGUGCAGGAGAUCAGGGUUUGAUGUUCGGCUAUGCCACCGAUGAAACAGAAGAAUGCAUGCCCCUCACCAUCAUCCUUGCUCACAAACUCAAUGCCCGGAUGGCGGACCUGAGGCGCUCAGGUGUCCUGCCCUGGCUGAGGCCUGACUCCAAGACUCAGGUGACAGUUCAGUAUAUGCAGGACAACGGUGCAGUCAUCCCAGUGCGUAUCCACACCAUCGUCAUCUCCGUGCAGCACAAUGAAGAUAUAACACUGAAGGCCAUGCGCGAGGCCCUGAAGGAGCAGGUGAUCAAGGCCGUGGUGCCAGCCAAGUACCUGGAUGAAGACACCAUCUACCACCUGCAGCCCAGUGGGCGGUUUGUCAUCGGAGGUCCCCAGGGAGAUGCAGGAGUCACUGGCCGUAAGAUUAUUGUAGACACCUAUGGCGGCUGGGGGGCUCACGGUGGUGGGGCCUUCUCCGGUAAGGACUACACCAAAGUGGAUCGCUCAGCAGCUUAUGCUGCCCGCUGGGUGGCUAAGUCCCUGGUGAAGGCAGGACUCUGCCGGAGAGUGCUUGUCCAGGUAUCCUAUGCCAUUGGUGUGGCAGAGCCACUUUCCAUCUCCAUCUUCACCUACGGGACCUCAAAGAAGACAGAGCGGGAGCUGCUAGAGGUGGUGAAUAAGAACUUCGACCUCCGGCCAGGUGUCAUUGUCAGGGAUUUGGAUUUGAAGAAGCCUAUCUACCAGAAGACCGCAUGCUAUGGCCAUUUCGGAAGAAGCGAGUUUCCCUGGGAAGUCCCCAAGAAGCUCGUGUUUUAGAGCUGGUGGGAGCUGGGGCUGGCCCUGUCCCAGGUGUUCCUCUUCUCCAGGAUC